UUGUACAAUAUGCCGUUCGCGCCCUUCAUAGGAAUAAACCGACAUGGCCAAUCUUUCAUGCUGGGUUGCGCGUUUGUGAGGCAGGAGUUGGCAUCGAGCUUUGAUUGGGUCUUUGGAGCAUUCCUAGAGGCUAUGGAUGGCAAACCUCCUGACAACUUCAUCACCGAUCAGGAUGGUGCGAUGAGGCAGUCAAUACAGAGCAUCUUUCCAACCACCGUGCACCGUUGUUGUCGAUGGCACAUCAUGAAAAAGGCUCAGGAAAAGGUUGGUUGGUUGCUGUGCCGGAAUCCAGGACUCUCUGAUGAUUUCAACAAGUGUGUUGACUUCAGCUUCACUAUAGACGAGUUUGAGCAGAAUUGGGCUAGGUUAAUGAUCAAGUAUGAGGCUAUGGCACACACGCACUUUGAGAAGUUGUACGAAUACAGGUCAACCUGGGUGCCGUGCUACUUCAAACACAGGUUCUUUCCCUUCCUCCAGUCUACACAGCGUAGUGAGGGGUUCAACGCCGUCCUCAAAAGAUAUGUGAACCCACACAACUCAAUGUUGAACUUCGUCAAGCAAUAUGAAAAAAUACAGAACCACAUCCUUGCCAAGGAAGGCUGCAAUGAUUACAGGACACAACACCUUGAGAUUGAGUUGUGGUCCAACUUCCCAAUAGAGAAGCAAGCUUACAAAACCUAUACUAGAGACCUUUACCGCAAGUUUAGAGAAGAGUUUGAGCUGAUUGGACGUUAUAAUGCAUUCCAAGUUGGUGCUGAUGUGUUUGAGCUCAAACCGAACCAGGAAUUUGUUGCGAAAUAUGGUUCUUGAAACUACUUGGUGCAGGCAAGGGUGGAGGAGCGUUCCUAUUUGUGUGAGUGUUGUAAAAUGGACAAGGACGGCAUCCUCUGUUGCCACAUCCUCAAGGUGUUCACCCAUGUUGGCGUUGAUGUCAUACCGCAAAGGUACCUGCUAAGACGGUGGACACCUACUGCUGUACCUAGUGCG